CCAUUGUUUUCGGUGAACAAGUAGUAGUUUUCGAGGUUAUAUUUUACACGUCGAGCAAUAUUAUGAAUUACUCGUGACGUAUAACGCGCAUAAUUAGUUAUUUAUCGUCGCAGACGAAUCGGACUAUAAAAAACGUUCACUUUUACUUAGAUUCGGGCGUUGUGAGAUUUUUACACAACAUGCAAGGGACCGGAGACAAAGUUUGGACGGAUGAGGAGCGUUUGCAGCUUGCUGCGAAAUUAGACGCCGAACUGGACGAGUACAUAAAUAACUUAGAGAAAAAGAGUUAUGCGGAAGGAUGGCCGGAGGACAGGUGGCAAGAGGAAAUGGAGAAGCACCCUUUUUUCAUGAAAAAGCCACCGGAACCCGGCGACGAGUUGUCUCCCUUGAUGGAGGGAUUACAACAACUCAAGUACGGGGAGGAUGAGAAUACUCCUGAAGAAUUGGCGAAUAAUUACAAGGAGGAUGGAAACUUUAAUUAUAAGUAUAAAAAGUAUCGUCUUGCUAUUCUUAGUUAUACAACAGGAAUAAAAACCAAAUGUAAAGAUGACGAUUUAAAGGCUCAGCUUUAUAAUAACAGAGCCGCAGCACAUUUCAUGUUGCAAAAUUACAGAUCAUGUUUGAAUGACUGUAAAUUGGCUUUAAAGUUUAAACCACAAUAUCCAAAAGCUUUGAAUCGAGCUGCCACUUGUAGUUUUUACAUUAAAGAUUAUGACCAAUGCAUCGAUUUAUGUGACCAGUUUCUUAAUCAAAGUCCAACCGAUAAAACAAUAUUGAAAUUAAGAUCUGAUGCUGUAAUUGCAAAAGAACGUUUACAAAGAGAUAAGAGAAAACGGGAAAGAGAAGAGAAAAAAUUGGAUAAGGAAGAUGAGAAAUUGUUAGAAACAAUUUCUCGAAAAGAUAUUAAUUUAGAAUUGGCGAAUGAUAAACAAAAGCUAGAAUUGAGAGAUUUAGAGCCGCAAGUGCCGCAAAUAGCACAAAGCAGAGUACGCUUUGACGAGGACAAGCUUGUGUGGCCAGUAAUGAUUUUAUAUCCAGAGACUCAGCAAACUGACUUUAUACAAAAUUUUCACGAAGAUACGUUAUUAAUUGAACAAUUAAUUGAAUUAUUCGAGGAACCUCCUGAGUGGGAUGUAAAACAUCGUUAUACCAUAGAAAAUGUAAAUGUAUAUUUUGAAGGAAAAAACAAAUGUUCCAUUCAUAAAGUAGACAUCCAGCUCACGUUGGAUGAAAUAUUACGAGACAAACAGUUCAUAGUUCGCGGCGGUACACCGGCUUUCUUGAUACUUGUAAAGUCCAGUGAAGCUGAGAAACAUUUCUUAGCAAAUUAUUCAAAAAGAGAGAAAGAGAACGUGUUUGAUCUUUUCCCUGCAAUUUGUUCUCACGUUCUCCGCAGCGUGAUCGGUAAGCGACAGGGGGUCGUCGAUCGGAAGGUGGUGCCACCUGCAGCACCUGUCUACGCCAGCAACGGCGCACCGAGUGUGUACACCAGCACCGGUUGUUGCACGAACAUCAACGGUGGCGGCUUCAAUGUGCAGCAGCCGCAGCCUCACGAGGAUUAUCGGCCGAUCUACUUUUACGUGGCGCAGCCUUACACGAUCCCGUACACCUUCGCCAAGAGACCGAAACCCGCCGCAUCGUCAUUGCUAAGGGCGGCGAAGCCGCGCGGCAACAACUGUCGUGUCAAGUUCUCCAAGAAACUCGGAAACGCUGACUUCUCGCAGAAGGUCAAACAGGGCGAGUUCUCGCGGAGUCUGAAUCAGGUGCACUUCGCGGAGAGUCAGGGUCAAGUGCUCACAAACUAUCCAAAAGCUGGAUUAUCUCGUGAUCCGAGGAUGACGUCGAUGUUUCGAAGAGGCACAAUCUUCGCGACCUUCUUCCUGUCAUUGUUGGGCGGUGGGCUUGUCUGCGCCGCCCUUGUGACACAGCAUUGGGUCGAGGCACGACCGUGGAGAACUCCGAAUCCACAGGAGAGCGCCGGCAGAGUUCAUUUCGGUCUAUUACAGGGUAAAAAGGAAUUAAACGUCGCUUAUGGAUGGAGGACGUAUCACGUGUCCGUUCCUCAAAUGAUCCGGCAAGAUCCAUCGGUGAUGUCUUGGGCUCUUUGGAUCGCUACCUUAACAACGACUUCGGCUGCUUUGGUAGCGGCUGCGCUUGCUGCACUUUUGGCAGUUUUAAAUACAGCUACUUCGCCAAGAUCGAAGAUUUUAUCCAUUCCUGGUGUAUACUUUAUAAAUAUGUUAAUGCUGUUAAUGUGCUUAGCAAGCACUUGUACUUGGUUAGCGCAAUACUAUACGAGACUAUACGUUAAUGUGCUUCCGAAGGAGGACAUCGAUAACAUGUGGACCAGCGAAGGUUCUGCUGAGCUUGGUUAUUCAUUUUGGCUCGUAGUUAGCGCUGGUGUUGUACAUCUCAUUAGUAUAGCAUUAAUCGGCUGGGGCUCGGGUAGAGAAAAGGAUGAUCGUCUGGAGCCAAUACCUGCACUUGAAGAGAAAACUGCCGCAGCGAUUAUGUUAUACUAAACAUUAUAAUAAUUUAGAAAUUGCGGGACUAUGAUUGAAUUACGCUAAUAUGCGUAAUAUCGAAUUGAUAAUAGUAUAUAUCAAGAAUGAAAAUUUGCUGAGAUUAAGCAAAAGAAUUUUCGUUCACACCUCGCACAGUUCCUAGUUAUUUGCUAGGCGUUUGUAAUCAUUUUCCUUGAUACAAUUCAGUUUUGCAACAGAUACCGUGCAAUGUUAUAUCAAAUUAAAACGCAAAUAUAAACAUAGCAAGUAUGUUUGAAGCGUGAAUAUGUUUGAUGUGCUAAUAAGGAACAGUACUUGCUAUAUAUAUGUCGAAAUAAGAGUUGGAAUAUGACAAUACAUACCGCCGUGUGGUAUAUAAUAUAUACAUUUCGACAUACUUUAUGCAUUGAUAUUAUGCCAGUCCGUAAUACUCGUGAUUCCAAAGCGAUAAUAAUCGUAAAAUGAGCAUUUUAUGUCUAACAACGAUCGAUUACGAUUGAAAGUUAUGCGCUAUUCGCUUUAUGACAGAAAAAGACGAGAUUGAGCAUGGAAAAACGCUUUAUAGUAGCUUAAUCUAUACAUUAGUUGUUUAUCAAUAAGA